AUGACAGAGAAGGAAGUGCCAGAGCCACCAGCUUCACCUGCUUCAGGUGGGAAACCCAAGAGCCGGCUACAGAAGCUGAAGCAACUUUUCCAGCGAAAGCCCAAGGAGGAGACGGCGCCAGAGCCACAGCCCAAUGGGGAGCUGGUCAGCCCCUCAGGAGGACCCAUCUGCUACGUCUAUGAGGAGGAGGAAGAGGAGGAAGAAGAGGAGGAGCCUGAGCCCCCUCCCGAGCCCCAGAAACUUGUCAAUGACAAACCCCACAAGUUCAAAGAUCAUUACUUCAAAAAGCCCAAGUUCUGUGAUGUUUGUGCCCGCAUGAUUGUCCUCAACAACAAAUUUGGCUUGAGGUGCAAGAACUGCAAAACCAACAUCCACCACCACUGCCAGUCCUACGUGGAGAUGCAGCGCUGCUUUGGCAAAAUCGUGAGUGUGCUCUGACGCCGUGCGUACAGCUCACCCCUCUACAGUGACCAGCAAUACGCCUGCGUCAAGGAGCUGCUCUCGGCAGCCAACAGGAGCGACCCCGUGUUCGAGACCCUGCGGACGGGUGUCAUUAUGGCCAACAAGGAGCGCAAGAAAGGGCAGGAUGACAAGAAAAACCCUUUGGCUGCGAUGAUGGAUGAGGAACCAGAGGCCACGAAGCGAGAAGAGCGCAAAACCGAGGGCGGCACCUCUGAAGGGGACAAGAAGACUGAGAAGAGCCCAACAGAUGACAAGAACAAGAAGACACAGCCAGGGAUUCGCGGUGGCUAUCUGCAGUCUCACUAUUUUGUGGCACUUUAUCGCUUCAAAGCCCUGGAGAAAGAUGACCUGGAUUUCCCGCCAGGGGAGAAGAUCACAGUGGUCGAUGACUCCAAUGAGGAGUGGUGGCGGGGGAAGAUCGGUGAAAAAAUUGGCUAUUUCCCUCCAAACUUCAUCAUCCGGGUGCGAGCAGGUGAGCGGGUGCACAAGGUGACACGCUCCUUCGUGGGCAACCGGGAGAUCGGGCAGAUCACGCUCAAGAAGGAUCAG